GUACAUGUACCGGAGGGAAGAAGUCAAAGGAAAGAUAAUAUGUUGUCACUGGAUUUCGAGGCAGCCAAAAAGAAAAACAACUCACUUCAGAUAUGAGCUCACGGAACGCGUCAAACCAGUGGACUAAAACCGCCAUGGACCUUCUGAAUUGAUACAGAUGAUUUAGUUUCAGAUGUAUUUUGUCUAGUGCUUUAUUUCGUUGGAAUAGAAGAUCCUCUGGGUGAUAUUUAUGUUCUAUUUAAAAAUAUAUAUAUUGUGGCCGGGUAGAAUGGUUUUGAAUCUAUUCAAUUAUUGAAUUGAAAUAACCUGGGAAAAAUAUUACUUUUUUUUUAAGAGGAAACAAAAUAAGGUGGUGGAAAUCGCCGUUGUGGAGAACCCCGACCACAGACAGACCCUUUCUCGGUGGAGACGCGUGAGUGGAGAAAACAGUUUGGAAAGGUACGAGGAGGACUUUUACUGCGAGUUCUUCUCUCCAAGAUCAGGAGACUAAAACUUCACCCAGCAACAUGGAUAUAUUAACGUGGCUGUGUGGAUGUUUACUGGCGGGUUGCUUACCACUAGUAGUUCUCGGUGAAGAAGGCAGCAAAUCGUGUGGCGGACAAGUAGACGCCAGUGGCGCCGGGUACAUCACCACCCCAGGGUACCCUCUGGAGUACCCCCCACACCAGAACUGUCGUUGGGUCGUCACCGCCCCAGAACCUUCCCAACGUGUCGUCCUCAACUUCAACCCCCACUUUGAACUGGAGAAGCUGGACUGCAGAUAUGACUACGUAGAGAUCCGCGAUGGGAACAGCGAGAAGGCAGACCUGUUGGGUAAACACUGCAGUAACAUCGCCCCUCCAGCCAUCAUCUCCUCCGGCCCCGUCCUCCUCAUCAGGUUCGUCUCUGACUACGCUCACCAGGGGGCUGGCUUCUCACUGCGCUACGAGAUCUUCAAGACUGGUUCAGACUGCUCCCGUAACUUCACCAGUCAGAACGGGAUCAUUGAGUCUCCGGGGUUCCCUGAUAAAUACCCUCAUAACCUGGAGUGUUCCUUUAUUAUCAUCGUGCCCCCGGCCAUGGACUUGACCCUGACCUUCCUGACCUUUGACCUGGAGAAUGACCCCCUGCCCGGGGGAGAGGGAGACUGCAAGUACGACUGGCUGGAGGUCUGGGACGGUCUGCCACAAGUGGGUCCUCUGAUAGGACGUUACUGUGGAACUAAGAUCCCUCCUGAGAUGACGUCAUCGACAGGUAUCCUGUCUCUGUCCUUCCACACGGACAUGGCCGUGGCCAAAGAUGGCUUCUCUGCUCGCUACAACAUGACACACAAAGAGGUCAGCGACACUUUCCAUUGCAGUAACGCUUUAGGUCUGGAGUCAGGGAAGAUCUCUGAUGACCAGAUCACAGCCUCCUCAUCCUUUUACGACAACACCUGGUUGCCACGGCAAGCCCGUCUUAACAACAAUAACAACGCGUGGACCCCAAACGAGGACAGCAGCAAAGAGUUCAUCCAGGUGGAUCUCCAUGUCCUGAAGGUGUUGACGGGUAUCGCUACCCAGGGAGCGGUGUCCAAGGAGACCCAGAAGUCCUACUACGUCAUCACCUUUAAGCUGGAGGUCAGCACCAAUGGAGAGGACUGGAUGGUCUACCGAUACGGCAAGAACCACAAGGUGUUCCAUGCCAACACAGACUCGACCGAGGUGGUUCUGAACCGGAUCCCCCUGCCUGUUCUGGCCCGCUUUGUACGCGUCAGACCCCAGACCUGGAAGACAGGCAUCGCCCUGCGCUUGGAGCUCUACGGGUGUCAGAUCACCGACGCUCCAUGUUCUGAGAUGCAGGGGAUGUUGUCCGGCCUGCUGCCCGACUCCCAGAUCACAGCGUCGUCCAUGAGGGAUAUCCACGGCUCCAUGGGGACGGCCAGGCUGGUAGCCAGCAGGUCAGGAUGGUUCCCCAGCCCCACACAGCCUCUGGCCGGGGAGGAGUGGCUGCAGGUGGACUUGGGGGUCCCCAAGACCGUACGAGGCGUCAUCACCCAGGGAGUCAGGACAGUGGAGGGGAGUACCUCGGCUGAGAACAGGGCCUUCGUCAGGAAGUACCGCGUGUCUCACAGCCUGACGGGCAAGGACUGGACUUUUAUACUGGACAGAAAGACCAACCAUCCUAAGAUUUUUGAGGGAAACACACACUACGACACUCCAGAGAUCCGUCGGUUUGAGGAGAUAACGGCUCAGUUCAUCAGGAUCUACCCAGAAAGGUGGUCUCCUGCUGGGAUAGGGAUGAGGAUGGAGGUCCUGGGAUGUGAACUGCCAGAGACCACCACUCUACCUGACACUGCCACACCGACCCUGCCACAUUUAGAGGAUACCACCGCUGCCCAAAGAGGAGCAGGCACUACACCUUGGUCUCUGUGUGACUUUGAGUCCAGUCUUUGUGGCUGGAUCCCAGACAGCGUGUCAGAGCUGAGCUGGUCUCUCCACAGCGGCAGCCUCUCGUCUGGUCUAACACCCAGUCUGGAUCUACCUCUCUCUCUGCCCAAAGACGACGUGGGUAACUUCCUCCACAUCGAGGCCAGCCCCAGGACAGAGAGGCAGCGAGCCCGUCUGGUGAGCCCCGCUGUGGGGCCUGAGAGGGGGCCGCUGUGCCUGCUCUUCAACUACCAGCUCCAGGGCCCCGAAAACCAGGGCCUGGGGUCCCUCAGGAUCCUCCUCAGAGACAAUGACCGGGAGGAGACUCUUCUCUGGGCACUCGGAGGAGACCAGGGGCCCGUGUGGAAGGAGGGACGCACGAUUCUGCCCCAGUCACCCAAAGAGUACCAGGUGGUGAUUGAGGGUUACUUUGAGCACGGAAACAGAGGACACAUCUGGAUAGACAACAUUCACAUGAGCUCUAGUACAGAGCUGGAACAGUGCACACAGCCAUUCGCUGCAUUCCCUCCAGACAUGACUGAUUGGAGACCUAUCGACUUUGGAAAUAAACCACUUUUCAACGGCAGGGAACGUGUGAACGGAGGUUUCCCGUUCCCAGAGUGGAGUACCCCCGGCCCGUCCAUGGACCCCCCUGUGACACAUGUCUCCGAGAAGGACAACUCGUGGCUGUACACCCUGGAUCCUAUCCUGGUCACCAUCAUCGUCAUGUCUUCCCUGGGCGUACUGCUGGGGGCGGUGUGUGGCGGCCUGCUGCUCUACUGCACCUGCUACUACAGCGGCCUGUCGUCACGGAGCUCCACCACAUUGGAGGACUACAACUUUGAGCUGUACGACGGGAUCAAACACAAGGUGAAGAUCAACCAGCAACGCUGCUGCUCCGAGGCCUAGGACGCUUUCCUCCACCGGAAGGCCUAGUCCUUCAAACCCUUGGGCUGUUCCAACCCAAAGACAUGCUUAAUGCUUGAUGACACCGACAUACAGACAGAUACACCCGCUAGACCCUACCCCCCCCACCCCUCGGGGGUCUCUUCUCUGCCUGCAGGAGAGGCCCUGAUCAAUCAAAACUUGGGAAUGAACCACACUUACCUGCCAUGAUGCCACACGUACUGACCAGUGGACCACAGUGGUCUGGGCUUGGAACUGAACACUUUCUGUCAGUCCUGGCUUGGCCCUGAACUCCUACUGUCAGUCUGGACUUGAACCUGAACU